AACUAAGUGCGCUUUAUUCUCUUAAUCCACUCGACAAACUCAAUUUGUAAAGUAAUUAAAUAAAAUAGAAAGUGGUGAUCAUGUUUUGGAGUAAAGUCAUUUUUUCUUUGUUGUCUUUGAGCGUGUUUUCCAAAAUAAAUGCAGCGCCUGAUUAUAAAAAAGAAAUUCAAAUCUCCUGCGUUUCAAAUCCAAAUGCUACGGAAUUCACUACGUUUUUUCUUAAAUACGAUCCAAGAAUGUCAAGUUAUGGUCAUAAAUUCCACCCUCAACAAAUGACAGAUCUCAAAAAUGUAAUUGGCAACCGUGAAAAGAUUAUCUUCUUCUUCCUUGGGCACGAGGACUAUUUGAGGCGUUCCGCUGGUCGAAGUUUUUACGUAGCAAGAGCACAAAUGUUAAAAAGUGAAGCAUGCACGUGCACCGUGAGCUAUGCAUUUCUUAGCGGUCAUGAACUAUUCAAGUACGCACAAUAUUUCCCAGCAAUCAACAACCGAAUUCCGCGAGUAAUUGAGAUGAUGACGACUUUUAUAGAGAACAUUGUAGAUUCGAACGAAUUUAGUAUAAAGUUGUCUUCGAUUUAUUUGACGGGAUUUUGCUUGGGCGGUCAUAUUGCAGGAAUGAUUGGACAAGGAUUGAAAAACGUUUAUAGAGGAGAAAUGGUUCCAGCAAUUUGGGCAUUUGAUCCUCCUCGAAUUGGAUUUUCUCCCUAUAAUGUAUUUCCGAGACGAGUACAGAAGGGAAAUGCCAAAUUUGUUGCAGUAUUCCAUUCGUCUCCGCUUGGUGUCCAAGAUUUAAUCGGUGAUGUUGAUAUAAUGUUGAACGGAGGAACGAGUCAACCUGGAUGCGAAAAUGAGUUCAAUACCUUUGGAUGUAAUCACUACGCUGCUUUUAUUCUGAGAGAAUUAAUCUUAUUGGGUGGUGAUGAACUUCGAAAAAAUGCAAACGGAAUCGCAUUUGCAACCGGAGAAAUGAAUAGUUCUGAUCAGUUAUUGCUUGAUUUUACCAAUCCGGAUUUCAGUAAAAGAGGAAUUUAUCAUAUUGUCACUGGCGCAGUAUUUGAAACUAAAAAAGAAGGAUUUUUUGAUCGUUUUACCAAAAAUUUCAGAGCGCCUGGAUGCUUUUAAGUUUCACCCCUAUUUUAUAUGAUUCAUUAAACCAUGCUCUGGAAAAUAAAGUGAAAUUUAUUUCAAA